AAAAUGUCAAAUUUCACAGAUGUGAAAGAAUUUAUUCUUCUGGGGUUGACCAGUCGUCAGGAGCUUCAAGUUCUCUUUUUUGGGGUGUUUCUAAUAGUUUAUAUAAUAACUCUGUUAGGGAACAUUGGUAUCAUUAUUUUGAUCGGUAUCAGUCCCCAGCUUCAGAGCCCUAUGUACUUUUUCUUGAGUCAUUUGUCUUUUGUGGAUGUGUGGUUCUCUUCCAAUGUCACCCCCAAAAUGCUAGAAAACUUAUUAUCAGAGACAAAAACCAUUUCCUAUGUGGGGUGUUUGGUGCAAUGUUACUUUUUCAUUGCCCUUGUCCACGUGGAGGUCUAUAUCUUGGCAGUGAUGGCCUUUGAUCGCUACAUGGCCAUCUGUAACCCUUUGCUUUAUGGCAGUAAAAUGUCCCGGAUUGUCUGUGUUCGGCUCAUCUCUGUGCCUUAUGUCUAUGGAUUCUCUGUUAGUCUAAUAUGCACACUAUGGACGUAUGGCUUGUACUUCUGUGGAAACGUUGAAAUCAACCAUUUCUAUUGUGCAGACCCUCCUCUCAUCAAGAUUGCCUGUGGGGGAGUCCACAUCAAAGAAUACACAAUGAUUGUUAUCGCUGGAAUUAACUUCACAUAUUCCCUCUCAGUGGUUCUCAUCUCCUAUACGCUCAUUGUAGUAGCUGUGCUACGCAUGCACUCUGCUGACGGGAGGAAGAAGGCGUUCUCUACAUGCGGAUCCCACUUGACAGCUGUUACCAUGUUUUAUGGGACUCUUAUAUUCAUGUAUCUCAGGCGGCCCACUGAAGAGUCCGUGGAGCAGGGGAAAAUGGUGGCCGUGUUUUACACCACGGUGAUCCCCAUGCUGAACCCCAUGAUCUACAGUUUGAGAAACAAGGAUGUGAAAGAGGCAGUCAACAAAGCAAUCAGUAAGGCAAACUUGAAACUACAAUAG